ACCCUCCCUCCUCCGGCCAACUGAUCACACUUCGAUCCUCUCGCCCUACAAACACACACACACACUUCGAUCCUGUGUGCAGUUCCUCUAUAUAAACGCACAUCCACCCACCCCCAUUCCAUUCAUCUCGCUAGUUCCACUUCCGUUCAUUGCAUUGCGCCAAGAAGCAAUCACCUUGCCCUACUACGCUCUCAGUUUCUCAUCACUAGCUAGGGAGGAAGAAGAGGUCGGGGUCGGCCAAGAUGUUGAGGAUGCAGCAGCAGGUUGAGGGCGCCCUGGUGGUGGGCGGCAUGGCGGAGGCGGAGGAGCACCAGGAGGCGGCGGUGUACGAGCGGGUGGCGCGGAUGGCGGGCGGCAACGCGGUGGUGGUGUUCAGCGCCAGCGGCUGCUGCAUGUGCCACGUCGUGAAGCGCCUCCUCCUCGGCCUGGGCGUCGGCCCAACCGUGUACGAGCUGGACCAGAUGGGCGGCGCCGGGAGGGAGAUCCAGGCUGCGCUUGCGCAGCUGCUGUCCCCAGGCCCCGGCGGCGGCGGCCACCACCAGCAGGCACCGGCGGUUCCCGUGGUGUUCGUGGGCGGGAGGCUCCUGGGCGGGGUGGAGAAGGUGAUGGCGUGCCACAUCAACGGCACCCUCGUCCCGCUCCUCAAGGAGGCCGGCGCGCUCUGGCUCUGAGCCUGCAUUGCUCUUGCCUCUUGCCUUGCCGGCCGGCCGGAGCUCCUCAAGGUCGAGAUCGACGGCGGCGUGCCGGCGCGUGUGCCUGUCUCCUUGUGUUUGUUCGUUGUUGGUUUUUUCUUCUUCUUUUCUUGUGUUGUGCGAUCAGUGGAUGCAUGGUCUGUGUGUGUUGUUGAGCUUGACUCGCUAGUGAGAUGUAGAUAUAAUUAACGAGGAAAGGUUAAAUUAGCCGUGUCACCCCUGUGUGUGUUUCUUAGCUAGUUCUUUGUUAGUAGCAGCACUUGCAUGGUGGAGGAGAUGGUGUUAUUCAUGAGGUUAAUCUAUCAAGAAGGGACACUUUAUUUGUCUUCCCCAAAA